GUCUACAGAGACCAGCACGAAGAAUAGUAUACCUGAUAUUAAUUCUGGUGAUAUUGGUAUUAUACUUGAUCGAAGAAGCAUUUCCCAAGGAAUGAAGUUAGUAUCCAUCGCUGCUGAUGAAUAUGAUGAAGGAAACGAAACUGUUGCUUUGGAUAUUUACCUCACUGGACUUGAUAAAAUCCUCAUGGCAUUACCAAGUAAGGAAGAAUGACACAAAGCUUUUUUUUUUUUUUUAAGAAAAAAAAAAUGGAGAGCACGUUUAUUGAUUUCACACUCCGUGUCCUACCUUGUAUAGAUAAAACUGAUUCCAAGACCAAAAUGGCACUCCGUGAAAAGUUAUUAAGUGUGGAAGAAAGAGUUGGGAUAUUGAAUCUCGCAAACCGCCGCACUUCAUCAGCAAAUAGUAACCAGGAUAACGGCACCAAUACAUCGUAUAACGAAAAAGAACAAGAACAACAACGACGACAAGAAAAUCUUGCUAGUUCGUUAGUGGAUACCUUGAUUAUUAGUAAAAUCACACAAAGUCUGCAAUCCGUUAAGCAGGCAGCUAUGAGUCGUGCAUCACUCAAGCAAGACAAUGUCCAAACAGAUGAUUAUACCCAGCAACAACAUAAUCCAUAUCAUUCCCACCAAAUACCUUCUACUGAUAUCCAUUUAGAUGCUAGAACUCCUCUUUAUCAACAUCCAUAUCCAGUAAACGUUGUGGAAAAAUUUAAACAAUUUGGUCAAGUGCUUAUCCAAGCUAGCGUGACUUUGGCCAUCUUGAUCAAGCAAUCACCUAUUCCAGCAUUACUUAGUUUUUGUUUUACGUACUUUAUGCAGCUCCUUUUGUGGGUGGAUGCUUAUUAUGGGGUACGACAACGUGCACAAGAUCUGAGUGUGACAGGUAUCAAACUAUUGUUACAAGCCGAUGAACAAUACAAGUUACAUGAACUACUAUCCGAGUUCCUCUUUAUGAUGGUAGCUGCUACUUUGAAAGCAGUAGUGGCAUAUAAGGAAACUCCUCGGUAUGGUUCUUUCAAUAUGCCGUCAACAUCUAAUGAACAACAAUUUCAAACUUUGUCUGAACCUAAACUAAAGGAAAUCAACAAUAAUACGGAUGACUCAAAUAAUCAUUUACCAUCCACUCCAUGUGCUUCCUCAUCAUCCUAUGCUACCCUUUCUUCUUGGGUCUGGUCUCCAAGACGUUGAACACAACAAUAUGUUUAGAAUAUACCUUCAAUUCCUUUUUCCUUUUAUCUUUUCCUCGUUUCUUUCUUAUUUUUUCUGCUUUUUGGACUUUAAUGCAUUUUUUGUCUUUUGUAAAAUAAAACAGAGAAUAUAAAACUUUUUUUA